AAAAUAUAUUAUAUUUUGAUGGUGAUCCAUGAGCUUCUAUUUUACAGAUUUUUAAUUCCAAGCUUGUCUUAGCAUCUCCAGAAACUGCAACAGAUGCAGAUUACGCUGCUAUUUUGGGUGUUAUUGGUCAUGAGUACUUUCACAAUUGGACAGGGAACAGGGUAACAUGCCGUGACUGGUUCCAGCUCAGUCUAAAGGAAGGACUUACUGUCUUCCGUGACCAGGAGUUUUCAUCUGACAUGGGAAGCCGAACUGUCAAGCGCAUUGCUGAUGUUUCAAAGCUUCGAAUCUAUCAAUUUCCACAGGAUGGUGGUCCUAUGGCACAUCCAGUUCGUCCACAUUCAUACAUCAAGAUGGACAACUUCUACACAGGCAAGUUUCUGUUCACAAGAAAGAAUUCCAUUGAAAGAUUUUAUUAUGUUAGUCUCGGCAUUGUGUUCCAAUCUAACGUGCUUCUGCUUUUGUAACCUUUUCGAACCUGCAUUACAUCUCUGGCCAUUACCGGCUCUCUCAAGGACGGUUUAUGAAAAGGGAGCUGAGGUUGUCAGGAUGUACAAAACUCUACUCGGAAGUCAGGGGUUCCGAAAGGGAAUUGAUCUCUACUUUGAAAGACAUGAUGAGCAAGCAGUGACUUGUGAAGACUUCUUCGCUGCUAUGCGUGAUGCAAACAAUGCAGACUUUGCUAAUUUCUUGCAAUGGUACUCUCAAGCUGGAACGCCAGUUGUCAAAGUGGUCUCCUCUUAUGAUGCUGAAGCUCGUACUUUCUCUUUAAAAUUCAGUCAGGAGAUACCUCCGACUCCAGGCCAGCCAACAAAAGAACCUACAUUUAUUCCAGUGGUUGUCGGUCUUCUGGACUCAAGUGGGAAGGACAUUACACUUUCCUCUGUUCAUCAUGAUGGUACAGUGCAGACCAUUUCAAGCAGCAGCACAGUACUUCGAGUGACUAAGAAAGAAGAAGAGUUUGUGUUUUCUGAUAUAUCAGAAAGACCUGUUCCUUCCCUAUUUAGGGGAUUCAGUGCCCCAGUUCGUGUUGAUACUGAUCUCUCUAAUGAUGACUUGUUCUUCCUCCUAGCUCAUGAUUCAGAUGAAUUCAAUCGGUGGGAGGCUGGUCAAGUUCUGGCAAGGAAGCUGAUGUUGAACUUAGUUUCUGAUUUCCAGCAAAAUAAACCGUUGGUUCUAAACCCAAAAUUUGUGCAAGGUCUCGGCAGUGUGCUUUCUGACUCAAGCUUGGACAAGGAAUUUAUAGCCAAAGCGAUAACAUUGCCUGGGGAGGGAGAGAUAAUGGACAUGAUGGCUGUGGCGGAUCCUGAUGCUGUUCAUGCUGUUAGAAAGUUUGUAAGAAAGCAGCUUGCAUCUGAACUUAAAGCCGAGCUUCUAAAGAUAGUCGAGAACAACAGGAGCACAGAAGCUUAUGUCUUUGACCACACAAACAUGGCGAGGCGUGCUUUGAAGAACACAGCUCUAGCUUAUCUUGCAUCUCUCGAGGAUCCAGCAUAUGUGGAACUUGCACUGAAUGAAUACAAGAUGGCCACCAAUUUGACCGACCAAUUUGCUGCUUUGGCAGCUCUUGCCCAGAAACCUGGUCAAACCCGUGACGACAUUCUUGCUGACUUCUAUAACAAGUGGCAGCACGAUUACUUGGUUGUUAAUAAAUGGUUCCUCCUUCAAUCAACAUCCGACAUUCCUGGCAAUGUAGAGAAUGUCAAGAAGCUUUUGGAUCACCCAGCUUUCGAUCUGCGCAACCCAAACAAGGUUUACUCGCUUAUUGGAGGGUUCUGCGGUUCCCCAGUGAAUUUCCAUGCCAAGGAUGGAUCAGGUUACAAGUUCUUGGGUGACAUUGUUGUCCAGUUAGACAAAUUGAACCCUCAGGUUGCUUCUCGUAUGGUGUCUGCCUUUUCGAGGUGGAAGCGGUACGAUGAAACCCGUCAAGGUCUAGCCAAGGCACAAUUGGAGAUGAUAAUGUCUGCAAAUGGGUUGUCUGAGAAUGUCUUUGAGAUAGCCUCCAAGAGUUUGGCUGCUUGAGAGACACCUUUAAGAAUCCUUUAAAAGACGCUUCUUCCUGUACUCGUAACUAUAUUUUAUUUUAGCUACUGAAAUUAGCAGUGGGAUUAUAUUAAAACACACAGAUUGUUUUGCCUCUGCUUAUGAGCUUUACUAUUAUUACAAUAAAUGCUUGCGUUAGUUUUC